UGGGCACCACCUACGGUCAUAUCUGACUGCUUGCCGCCUAAAGAAGCCCGGAGAGAAGAUGGGGCUGAUUAUGUGCUGUCAUGGAAGUGCUUUGAGCUUGUUCUCCUCUUUCCGUGGACACUCCGACUCCCCGUGGCAGCCAGACGCUGGAGGUGAGGGGGACGCUAGGAAACGAAGAGAAGACAUUGUGACAGGGCGCUUUAAACGUGAGGAAGGAUGAGUUGGCUGACCGUGCUCCUGUGUGCAGCAGCUGCAGGUGUGUGCGGCGCAGGGCUCGCCAACGUGACAUCAGCAGUGUGUCGUCACCCGUGUGAAGACGCGGUGCAGAUGUUCGCCGAGAUCCACGACAUGCGUCUCAUCACCGGGAACCUUCUAGAAGAUCUGGACAGAGUGUUGAAAGAAAACGAAGAGAUGCGCUUAACUUUGGCCGCACUUGGCGGAAUCGGCAGCGAAAACCAGCUCGGCAGAGACGGCGAGAUGUUGUGCGUGCAGGACGGACGGGUGUACGAGCACGGCGAGGACUGGGACGUGGACGGCUGCACAUCCUGCGCCUGUCAGUACGGAAGGGUGCUGUGUCAUCAAGCGUCCUGUUCUCCCGUGGCCUGCAUCAACCCGACCUUUGAGGAGGGCGAGUGCUGCCCCGCCUGCCUCAACGAAACGGACGGGUGGUCGAUGUGGUCCGAGUGGACCGAGUGCUCGGCGACCUGCGGGCGUGGAUGGAAGCGACGGGGCCGGUCGUGCGACGGCGACGCGGGGUCCUGCCCUGGGGCGUCGGUUCAAACCCGCGGCUGCACGCUGAUCAAGUGCGCUGGCGACGCGCACGCUGAUGGGAGCUGGGGGCCGUGGUCGCCAUGGUCUCCGUGCACCGCCACGUGCGGACAGGGCGACGUCACGCGGGUCCGACUGUGCGACGAUGCGCCACUGCGAAAGGGAGGCAGAGGGUGCCGGGGCAUCGCCAUGGAGACGCAACCUUGCAACAAUGCACUCUGCCCAGUUGCAGGAGGCUGGGCGGACUGGUCGGAAUGGGGUCUGUGCUCCAAGUCGUGCGGGGGAGGCCUGUUGAGUCGGGAGAGGACGUGUUCCAACCCUGCACCCCAGUAUGGCGGUAGGCUAUGCGCUGGAGACGCUACGGACUACCAAGCGUGCAGCAAACAACCAUGCCCUUUAGACCCGUGUUUGCUGUCGACUCCGUGCUUCCCCGGCGUGGCGUGCUCCUCGCGAAGUGACGGCUCCUGGCAAUGCGGGCAGUGUCCGCUGGGUUCCCACGGCAACGGCACUCACUGCGAAGACGACGACGAGUGUGAGGUGGCGGGCGUGUGCGUUACCGAGUGCGUGAACACGGACCCUGGCUUCUUCUGUCUCCCGUGUCCUCAUCGUUACAAAGGCAACCAGCCCUUCGGCCUCGGGCUAAAGGAGGCUCAAAGGAACCGUCAGGUGUGCGAGCCGCACAACCCGUGCAGAGACAACACACACACCUGCCACAAGCAUGCAGACUGUGCGUACCUGGGCUUGGCGUCGGAGGUCCUGUACAAGUGUGUGUGCGCGGUCGGCUUUGCCGGCGACGGUUUUCUCUGUGGCGAAGACGGCGAUCUGGACGGCUGGCCCAACCACAGACUGACCUGCAAAAGGAACGCCACGUAUCACUGUCAAAUGGACAACUGUCCCGCGGUGCCAAACUCGGGACAGGAGGACCUGGACAAGGACGGGCGAGGCGACGCCUGCGAUCCCGACGACGAUAAUGAUGACAUCGUUGAUGAACAAGACAACUGCCCGCUGGUGUACAACCCUCGACAGUUCGAUACCGACCGGGAUGGCGUCGGGGAUCGCUGUGACAACUGUCCCUUUGAAAGCAACUCGCUGCAGACGGAUACCGAUGGCGACGGCGAGGGGGACGCCUGCAGUAUUGACAUCGACGGAGACGAGGUUCCGAAUAAUCGUGACAACUGUCCAUAUGUCUACAACACUGAGCAGAGAGACACCGACUUAGAUGGUGUCGGGGACCAGUGUGACAACUGUCCACUUCUGCACAACCCACAGCAGCUGGACUCUGACAGCGACCUGGUUGGCGACAUGUGCGACGACAACCAGGACGUGGAUGAGGACGGCCACCAGAACUCUGUGGACAACUGUCCCUACGUGGCCAACAGCAACCAGGCCGAUCACGACCGGGACGGUAAAGGGGACGCCUGCGACCACGACGACGACAACGACGGCGUCCCCGACGACAGGGACAACUGCAGGCUGGUGGCCAAUGAGAAGCAGUCGGACACUGACGGCGACAGCAGCGGAGACGCCUGCUUUGAUGACUUCGACAACGACAGCGUUCCAGACGCGCUGGAUCCCUGUCCUCUCAACCAAGACAUCAAGUCGACGGACUUUCGGAAGUUUCAGGUGGUUCUGUUGGACCCUAAAGGCACCGCCCAGUCCGAGCCGCUGUGGGUGAUCCGGAGUCAGGGCACCGAGCUGCUGCAGACCACCAACUCUGACCCUGGCAUCGCUUUAGGAUAUGACAAGUUCAACGCCGUGGACUUCAGCGUGACCUUUUACGUGAACACCAACCGAGAUGACGACUACGCCGGCAUCGUUUUUGGCUAUCAGUCUAGUCGACGCUUCUACGUGGUCAUGUGGAAGCAGGUGUCGCAGGCCUACUGGGAAAAGAGACCAUCCAAAGCUUUCGGGACAGCGGGGGUCUCCAUUAAACUAGUCAACUCCACCACAGGGCCGGGGGAAUAUCUGCGCAAUGCUCUGUGGCACACCGGCAACACCCGCAACCAGGUGCGAACAUUGUGGCACGACCCCAACAAAACGGGCUGGAAGGACUUCACCGCCUACCGCAUGCACCUCAUCCACAGACCCAAGACGGGGUUCAUCAGGGUGGUGGUCUACGAGGGGAGAGAGAUCCUGUCGGAUUCGGGCGCCGUGUACGACCACACCUUGGCCGGGGGCCGACUGGGACUUUUCGUCUUCUCUCAGGAACACGUCCUAUUCUCUGACCUCAGAUACGAGUGCAGAGAUAACUAAAAAGGUUGCGGGGGCGCUCGAGUGCCGUCUGAGACCAUCUAGACCAGGUGUGUCAAACUGGUUUUCAUUGAGGGCCACGUCGCAGUUAUGGUUGCCCUCAGAGGGCUGCUUUUAAGAGAGAGAAUAAUAUACAGUAUGAAUAUAAAACGUGUAUAAUUGUCUUUUCUACGUACGCUGUACAAAACCAAAUCUUUAGAGUGUACUGUAGAAAACUGGCAGCUCAGUCGCCACAAUUUUACCGUAAUAUUUGCAGGUUUUUUUUACAGCAUAUAAAAUAAAAAAAUACAAAACCCGUUUCCGUAUGAGUUGGGAAAUUGUGUU